AUGGAAGGCACCGAGAGAGCCCACUCGGAGGAAGACAGUCCUUGCCCAAUUCAAGAGGGCCACGACCAGGCAGUAGACGAGUCAUCAGAUGUGGAUGGUGACUUCGCUACACUCCAGAAGAUGCUGAGCCAGAAGAGGAGGGCCGCCAAGGACAGCCCUGAGUCCCGCCUGCAGAAGGCCCUCCCAUUCAUCACGACAUUUUCACCCAAUAUCAGGCCGCUAUCGAUUUCGGACCUCCCUUCUUGCAUCGCCUUGGAGAGGGCGGCGUUCCCUAAACCCGAGCAUCAGGCAUCGCCUGAAAAAUUCGAAUACCGCCUCACCGUCGCCCCGGAGCUCAGCCUUGGCGUCUUCCUCACCGUCGUUCCAGAGCAAGCCAAGCAGCUGAGCAUCGAGACGCUCCCUACCGCCAAGCCGGUCGAGACGGGCCGCGCCGACGGCGCCGUGAGCGUGCUGCUCGCCCACAUCCUCUCGACGCGCUGCCGCGGCGACGUGGUCACCGACGCCGACAUGGCCUACCCCAAGGACUGGCACACUCGGGGCGGGCGGGCAGCCGAGGACGCUGGCCACCAGGAGGACGGCCGGACCGUGGGGUUGCAUUCGCUCGCUGUGCUGCCGCGCCUGCAUCGGUGUGGAAUCGGGCAGAUGAUUGUCAGGGCGUUUUUGGACCAGAUGAAGAACUCUGGGUUGGUGGAUAGGGUGGCGUUGCUUUGUCAGGAUCAUCUUGUGUCCUACUAUGAGCGUUCGGGUUUCAAGCAUCUGGGCGAGAGUAAGGCGCAGUUUGGGGGUGGUGGCUGGCAUGACAUGGUAGGCAUCCUUUCCUCUGCCCCUGAAACGCCGUAA